GGCUCCGGGCACCCGCGCGGCUCCCGGUGGCGGAGCGGAGAUCCCGGCGCGCCCAGGUUCCUUUCGGAAGCGAGCCGGAGUCUGUGGCUGGCCGCCUCGGGGAGUGGGGGGCGCAGCUAGAAGGACCCAGAGGAAGCCACAGGCCGCGCUCGGGAGCUGACCAGCACAGACAUGCCAGUGCUGUCUGAGGACUCUGGUUUGCAUGAAACCCUGGCGCUGUUGACGUCUCAGCUCAGACCUGACUCCAACCACAAGGAAGAGAUGGGCUUCUUGAGGGACGUUUUCAGUGAAAAAAGCCUCAGUUACUUAAUGAAGAUUCACGAGAAGCUUCGCUAUUACGAGAGGCAGAGUCCCACCCCAGUUCUGCACAGCGCCGUGGCCCUUGCUGAGGAUGUGAUGGAGGAGCUGCAGGCCACCUCCGUGCACAGCGACGAGAGGGAGCUGCUGCAGCUGCUGUCCAGCCCCCACCUCAGGGCUAUGCUCAUGGUUCACGAUACAGUUGCCCAAAAGAAUUUCGACCCCGUUCUUCCCCCUCUGCCCGAAAAUAUUGAUGAGGAUUUUGAUGAAGAAUCCGUGAAGAUUGUCCGCCUGGUGAAGAACAAGGAGCCCCUGGGCGCCACCAUCCGGCGGGAUGAGCACUCAGGGGCCGUUGUGGUGGCCCGGAUCAUGCGAGGGGGCGCAGCGGACCGGAGCGGUCUGGUCCACGUUGGAGAUGAGCUCCGAGAAGUGAAUGGGAUCACAGUCCUACAUAAGCGCCCGGACGAGAUCAGCCAGAUUCUGGCACAGUCCCAGGGAUCCAUCACCCUGAAAAUCAUCCCAGCCACCCAGGAGGAGGGCCGGUUGAAGGACAGCAAGGUGUUCAUGCGGGCUCUCUUCCACUAUAACCCCCGGGAAGACCGGGCCAUCCCCUGCCAGGAGGCGGGCCUGCCUUUCCAGCGCAGGCAGGUCCUGGAGGUGGUGAGCCAGGACGAUCCGACGUGGUGGCAGGCCAAGCGAGUAGGGGACACCAACCUCCGGGCUGGCCUCAUCCCCUCCAAGCAGUUCCAGGAAAGGCGACUAAGCUACCGGAGAGCCACGGGCACCCUGCCGAGCCCCCAGAGCCUCAGGAAGCCCCCCUAUGAUCAGCCUUGUGACAAAGAGACGUGUGACUGCGAAGGGUACCUCAAAGGGCACUAUGUGGCCGGUCUUCGGAGAAGCUUCCGCCUGGGCCGAAGGGAGAGACUGGGGAGUCCCCAGGAAGGAAAGGUGCCCGCAGUAGCCGAGUCUCCGGAGCUGCUGACCUAUGAGGAGGUAACCAGGUACCAGCACCAGCCUGGUGAGCGGCCGCGCCUGGUGGUCCUGAUUGGGUCUCUGGGAGCCGGACUGCACGAGCUGAAGCAGAAGGUGGUGGCAGAGAACCCACAGCACUUUGGUGUUGCUGUUCCACAUACCACCAGGCCCCGAAAGAGCCACGAGAAGGAAGGGGUGGAGUAUCACUUCGUUUCUAAGCAAGCAUUCGAGGCCGACUUACAUCACAACAAGUUCCUGGAACACGGUGAAUAUAAGGAAAAUCUCUAUGGGACCAGCCUGGAUGCCAUUCAGGCCGUGAUGGCCAGAAACAAAGUGUGUUUGGUGGACGUGGAGCCGGACGCACUGCAACAGCUGAGGACCUCAGAGUUCAAGCCCUAUGUUAUAUUUGUAAAGCCUGCAAUACAGGAAAAAAGGAAGACACCACCUAUGUCCCCGGCUUGUGAGGACACAGCAGCCCCACUUGAUGAGCAGCAACAGGAGAUGGCCGCCUCCGCCGCCUUCAUAGACCAGCACUACGGGCACCUGGUGGACUCCGUGGUGGUGAAGGAGGACCUCCAGAGCGCACAUGGCCAGCUCAGGGUGCUUCUAGAGAAGCUGAGCAAGGACACUCACUGGGUACCUAUUAGUUGGGUCAGGUAACUGUAUCCUAGGACGUCCGGGUUGGAAGGGACCUGGAAGACCACCUAGCCCGGCCUCCCCCGUGCCACCAUCGAGCAGUCUCCAGUGUGGAGAGGAGCAGAAGUUUUCAUAAACUCCAUUGUCGAGAAGAG